CAAAAUCCUCACGCGCAUUUCGGAGACUGUGAUCCACUCUCCGGAUUUUCCUAUAUUGUUUGAUCGUGCGACCGCGUUCAACGAUAUAUUCGGACACUGCAUCAGUUUUGGAUCUGCGUGGAAGCGUAAACUUUGAGCUGGAGAUACCGUUGACGGUCGGCUGAUUAUAUCAUUUCCAUUGCGUCCAGGAGUCGGUGCUAAAAGGAUGAAUGAGAACAAGCGGUUUCAGUUGGGCACCAUUGGGGCUUUGAGCCUCUCUGUGAUUUCAUCGGUGUCGAUUGUGAUUUGCAAUAAGGCGCUUAUGAGCACUCUACGGUUCAAAUUUGCUACGACUUUGACAAGCUGGCAUUUAUUAGUUACAUUUUGUUCCCUCCACGUGGCACUCUUGAUGAAACUGUUUGAGCACAAGUCUUUUGAUUCAAGAACUGUGAUUGGAUUUGGUAUUCUUAAUGGGAUCUCAAUUGGAUUGCUGAACCUUAGCCUUGGUUUCAAUUCUGUGGGUUUCUAUCAGAUGACAAAGCUUGCUAUCAUCCCUUGCACUGUUCUACUAGAGACACUUUUCCUGAGCAAAAAGUUUAGUAGGAGCAUUCAGCUUUCUCUAUUCAUCUUACUUUUUGGUGUUGGAGUCGCAACUGUUACUGAUUUGCAACUCAAUGUCCUGGGCUCUAUCCUGUCACUCCUUGCAGUACUCACAACUUGCAUUGCCCAAAUUAUGACAAAUACCAUCCAGAAAAAGUUUAAGGUCUCCUCAACGCAGCUGUUGUAUCAAACAUGUCCUUAUCAAGCGAUGACUCUAUUUGUUUCCGGGCCAUUUCUGGACAAGUUUUUGACCAACCAGAAUGUGUUUGCUUUCCAAUAUACUCCGCAAGUGCUGGGAUUCAUUGUUAUGUCCUGCUUGAUAUCAAUUUCUGUUAACUUUAGCACAUUUCUUGUGAUUGGAAAGACAUCGCCUGUCACCUACCAAGUUCUUGGGCAUCUUAAAACAUGUUUGGUAUUAGCGUUUGGUUAUGUCCUACUUCGUGAUCCAUUUAACUGGAGGAAUAUUCUUGGGAUCCUGAUUGCAAUGAUUGGCAUGGUUCUUUACUCUUAUUACUGCACUCUAGAGUCACAGAGAAAAGCUACGGAAGAUUCGCCCCAACAACUUCAGCCACAGGAAGAUGAAUCAAUUCCCUUGGUACGCUUGGAAAAUGGAAGUGCACGUUACAAAUGAUGUUAAUAUAUCCUUUAAAAGUUAGCUGCAGAGCUUGAAGCAUUUGAACAAAUGAGUAAAAGCUAUAAUCUACAUUUUGGUGCAACUCAAUCAGAUAUGGUUAAGUUGUGACAAUAUAUCUGAUGGGGAGAAAGUUGUUCAGUACAAGUAAUUGAGUCCCUAGACGAACGACUUUUCCACCUCAUAUAUUCUUUGAAUUUAGUAUACAUAUGAUAUCACGGUGCUAUUUGAUGUAGCAAAAUGCUUAUUAGAUCUUUUCACGAGGUAGGAUAAAAGUUAGCUUGGUUGAGCUAUAUACAUAAGAAAGCUUUCUAUUUACAAGUGAAUAAUGUGAUAUCUGAAACAUGUUUCAAAAAUUGCCAUCAGAAUUCUUACAAUUUUUAAAAAGAAAGUCCACCGUCAUGAUAUUAUUCUAAUUAUU